CGGCGGACGCCCGGCGCUCCCGCACCGCCAACUCCUCUGCACCCCGGCCUCGCCAUGCACUCCGCCGCCGUCCUGGCGCUUCUGUUGUGCGCCUGGCAAGUUGCUGCCCUGCCGGUGAACAGCGCUCUGAGUAAGGCAGACACUGAGGUCAUGAAGUGCAUCGUUGAGGUCAUUUCUGACACACUCUCCAAGCCCAAUCCGAUGCCUGUCAGCCAGGGGUGUUUUGAGACACUCCGAGGAGACGAACGCAUCCUCUCCAUCCUGCGGCACCAGAAUUUGCUGAAGGAGCUCCAAGACCUGGCUCUGCAAGGGGCCCAGGAGAGGGUGAGGCAACAGGAGAAGCAGAGUGGCUUUGAGGCAGAGCUCUCGGAGGUCCUGCACACCCAGAGCGACCAGGCCGCACAACCAGGGGGGACGGAGGUGGCAGCCCCAGAGGACACGGUGGAGAAAAGGCAGGACAUGCGCAGCGGGGAAGCCCCAGGUGGAGCCAGGUCACAGGUCUUCCCAGAGCCUGGGCGAGAGUCCGCAACCAACAGCACCGGCCAGACCCCUGAGGAGGUGGAGGCCCCCCACACCCAGCCCCCUCCAAGCCAGAAGCAACCAGGCACACAGGCCAACGGGGAUGGCGAGGGUCCCUCCCAGGGCCCAGGGGACGGGGACAGAGGGCUGGGUGCAGAGCAAGGACCACAGGCGAAAGGAGAAGAGGAGGAGGAGGAGGAGGAGGAAGCCAGGGCUGGAGAGAAGGCCAGCUCGGAGGAGGAAGGCCCCACGGCCGCAGGUGACACCCCAGCCAGCCGAGGCUUGGAGGAGGUCCGCAAAGGCGAGAGUAGGUCUGAGGCCUCGGCCUUGGAUGGAGCCAGGAAGACCAAGGCUGAGCCCUCCGAGGGACAGGGAGAGAGGGGGCAGGAGGAGGAGGAGCCGGCAGGAGCCCCCCCAGGCCCUACCCGGGGCAGGCCGAGCAGGGAGCCGGAGCUGGAGGAGCUGGGGGAGGAGUUCUCCAAGGAGUGGGAGGAUGCCAAGCGCUGGAGCAAAAUGGAACAGCUGGCCCAGGAGCUGACAGCUGAGAAGCGGCUGGAGGGCAAGGACGAGGAUGACGCAGACCCUGAUCCUGACCGCUCCAUGAAGCUCUCCUUCCGGUCCCGGGCCUAUGGCUUCAGGGACCCCGGGUCGCAUCUGCGGCGGGGCUGGCGGCCGUCCUCCCGGGAGGACAGCGUGGAGGCAGGCCUGCCCGCACGGGGCCACAGCUACCCUGAGGAGAAGAAGGAGGAGGAGGGCAGCGCCAACCGCAGGGCUGAGGACCAGGAGCUGGAGAGCCUGUCAGCCAUCGAGGCCGAGCUGGAGAAGGUGGCCCAGCAGCUGCAGGCUUUGCGGCGGGGCUGAGGCGCCGGUCGGCGGGGCCACCCAGGUCCCCUCCGCAACCUGUGGUCCUGGCCGUG